UCAUGCUCAAAUAAAAACAUUUCCAACAGAGAGAGAGAGAGAUUUGGAGCUAAUUAUGGACUAUUUUCCAAUAUCCAUGUUCCAAUAUGAGCAGGGAGAUGAUCAGCUGCUCCAAAUCUCUUCCAUUAUUCCCGGUCAACCAGAUCAAUUGCCAGUACUGACCACUUCUCAGGAUGGCUGCGAUCUCACCGACAAGCUGGACCAUAGCCGGCGGCGUAAAUCAUCCAUCACCAACGAUGAAACUGAUCAUGAAAACCAUAAUGACAAGAAGAAGAAGAAAAAGAAAAUCAUACAUAGAGAUAUUGAACGACAAAGAAGGCAAGAAAUGGCUACCCUUCACGCAAAUCUUCAAUCACUUCUCCCUGUUGAAUAUAUCAAGUUGUUCCAGGGAAAGAGGUCCAUGUCUGAUCACAUGCAUGAGGUAGUGAAUUACAUAAAACAUCUUCAGAACAAGAUCCAAGAGCAAAAUAACAAGAGAGAUGAGCUGAAAAGAUUGUCCAACUAUCCCAUUAAAGCAACAGAAAAAUCUCUGGGUUCUGGGUGGGAUUCAUUAACGGAGCUUAGACCUUCUAGUACAGGAGUUGAGGUAGCCAUCAACGCAAGACAAGGGCUUCCUCUGUCAAGAGUGGUCGAAGUUCUAAUGGGGGAAGGGCUCAUUAUUGCUGGUUUCACUUCAACUAAAGUAAAUGAAAGGUUGCUUCACACCAUUGAAGCUGAGCUCAGUGAUGGCCAAAGCAUCGAUCUUUGCGAGCUAGAAAAGAAGUUAAAAUACUUCACAAUCUGCUCUUCAAAUUAGAUUCUGAGGUAUUCAUGAUCUAUUUAAUUUUCCUUUUCAGAUAUGUUGCAAGACUUUAAUGUUUGCAUCCCUGUAGCCUGUAGGUGAUCUCUCUUCAAUUCCUAUCAUAUAUAAAAUGGUGCUGGAAUUAAUUAAUUGAUAUCAUUUCAGAACUUGUCAAAGAGAAUAGUCAUCACUUUUCUUGUACAUAAAAGAAAUUAUAUUGAGUUUCUUGAUUAUAUAUGUAUUUAUAAAAUAUGUUCCUUAAUAUUCAUGUGUUAG